AUGGAAACCCCGGGCCAGAAACGAACCAGCCGCGGUGCCUCCGGCGUCUCCCCGGCCCGCAUCACCAGACUGCAGGAGAAGGAGGACCUGUGUAACCUCAAUGACCGGCUGGCUGUCUACAUCGACAAGGUGCGCUCUCUGGAGACCGAGAACGCCUCGCUGCGCCUGCGCAUCACCGAGUCCGAGUCCCUCGUUACCCGAGAUUUGUCCGGCAUCAAGGAGGCCUACGAGGCGGAGCUAGCCGACGCCCGCAAGACCCUGGACCAGGUGGCCAAGGAGCGGGCACGCCUGCAGCUGGAGCUGAGCAAGAUCAGGGAGGAGCACAUGGAGCUCAAAGCCAGGUAGGAGGAGCAUGUGAGGCGGGGCUUUAAAAGGGAGGGGCUUUGCAACCAUAGAGGGAACUUGACCUCACAAAAACUCCAUGUUGUCUCUUUUUUUUCUUUUACUAUAAUGCGUUUCAGAUGCUCAGUGUAGAAAACAAGAACAAAGUUUCGCUGCUGGAUGCGCAUCUUUAUAGCAGAUUUGAUGCAGAUAUAUGUUAAAGUCAGCCAGACCACGAGGAGCCGUCCAUAAAUCUGUCACUCAUGGGCCAUUAUAGCGCUAUUCUGUGGUUUCAGCGUGGAGGGAAUUCCCAGCCUCUGAGCGAGCAUGUGGGAGACAAUCCUGAGCUGCUUUAAAAAGUGUCACCUUCACAUUUUAAGCUCACAGUGUCUACCCUGUGGCACAGUGUGCACAAUGAGAACAGUUACACUCGUCACAGAGGUCAGAUCAUGAUAUCAUGGGUGACAGAAUUCAUGAUGACAUUCAUAUUUUCAGGCUUUUUCAUGCCUUUGCUUAGAGGAUCGGACAGAAGACAGAGCAGGAAAUAAGGAGAGAGAGAAUAGAGAGUGACACAGUGGAGAGGAGCCGCAGGAUAACAUUUGUGUCCAAAAAGCCACUUAGUUGUUAGGGCAGUGCUGCACUCAGAGGAGCUGAGCGUGUGUGCUGUAAUUCAACAUUUUACGCCGAGAUGCCUCUAGUUCACACCUGCUCUUGUUCUGAGAUGGUGCAACACCCUCAUUUUUUUUUUUUUUAACCAGGAAUGCAGAGCAGAGUGUGGAGCCAUACCCGACAUUAGCACCGUAAAAACAUUCCUGGUUGUUAAGUGUGUGACUCGUCAGUUAGAAAGCGCAGUUAUGUCACUUUAAGGCCUCAGGGGCGUUGGAAACGACACACCUCCAGCCAAACAGGCUCCACCUUAAACACACAGCGCGCUUUGUUGAGGAAGAAUAACUGCCCUAAUGAUAGGAUGUCUUUCAUUGCAGCGUUUGACACCCGCUCAGGUUACUUAUACCUGCCCUUUGGACUCAAGUGAACAAUUCAAAUCUGUAAUCGGUCUCCACUUUGAUAGAAAAGGUCGAACUGCAGCUUAAUCCAUGAUUUUCUCUGUAGUGUAGUAGCUGUUUGGUCUCUCAGAAUGUGGAAAAUGUGAAGCACUAUUUCCUGUAGCCCAAGGGGAUAUCCUCUGUUGUCCUCCUCCUGUAGGUCAACUGUUGUCAACAGCUCAAAGAAACUGGUUAUAACUGUUACAGCUGGCUAAAGAAAGUAGAAAAUAUUCCUGUGUAAGGUUCUGUUGUCUCCUUAAAUGAUCAAUCACUGCUCAAAGUAGAACGAUUGGACAUGAGUGCCACCGUGAGUCAUAAAACCCAUGUGAUUGUAAGAGUAUUCGAAACAUCCUGUCUGACAUUAAAUCAAAUGAAUCGCUUUAGUGUGCCUCUUAUGUCUAAGUUCAAAUUUAGUUCCAGUUGCAUCGAUAAAGUUAAACUGUAAUAAGCUUUAUACAAAUGACCGAGACUGUCAAGGUGGGCAUCGCACAGAAGAUGUAUGUCGAGUUCAAUGAAUCAUUGACCUCUGGGGUGUCGGAUUGUAAUUUAAUAGCAGAUUAUGACGUGCAUUGGCUGACAUAUUUCAAUGUCUUUUAUGAUGAAUGAGUGGCAGCUCUGGAUGAGGUGUGUUGUCAGCCUGCUGAGUGAGUUUGUGGAGGGUUAUAACCCCAGGUGAAAGUCUGUGGUGUAGACUCAUGUUUUACUGAGGAGCAGCACGUGAGGAAUUUGUCAGAGCUUUGGCAAAGAGCAGCUGUGAAUUAAUGGAGAAAUAAAACUGAUAAAUAUCCACCUUAAAUACCGAACAUGAAAGACCAAAUGUGCCUCUACAGUGGCCGUGUUAGUUCCUUUAAAAGGCGAAGGAAGAGCAACAGAAUAUACAGAGAGGAACAUUUAAAAAAACAAGCUAAAUUCCAACAUAUUUCAGCGGUGAAACAGCAGUCUGUGAAGUUUAAACACACACAUAGAGGGAAUGCUUUUGCUCCAAUUAGCGCCAUUGUGUUCCUUACCGUCAGUCUGUAUGAACCGUGGAGUGUGAAGCAUGUCUGUUAGUGUACUCAGCGGGCGUGGCUCAGAGGUGUGUGCUGACAGACGAAUCAAAGUGUACAAACUUUUCAGGUUAUGUGCCUUCCCUGUAACUUUCUCCCCUCUGCACAGUUUCAUCAUAAUGUCCAGGCGACUCGAUCUGUCUGUGGUUUGUAAAUUUACCUUUACAAAAGGAUGUUGACAUGUAUGUGCGCUCCGGUAAAAAGGCCGAAUAACAAAGUGUUGAGAGAUUUUCAUUGUACAAGUUUUUUUAUUCAUCCACACAACACCCCCCACGUCACAGCGCUUCUGGUAAUUCUGCAGCCAAGGAAAUUAGCAACAGCUUUGGCAGAGACACUGUUUUCAAAAGGGGGAAGCAGAUCUUUUUGACGCACGUGUGGUGGGAAAGAAUUCCUCAAUCCAGCCCGCGCCGGCUUUAUCUGCCAUACUUUGUGCAGCCUGUUUGCUGUUUGGUUGCCAUAGCGCUCUGGGAGUCUUGGCUCGACCGUGUGACAGGGUGGUGACUCAGAGUUUUUUUUCCCUCUGCCUCUGGAAUGAGGCUGACCGAGUGCUCACUGUAACAGGAAGUCAGGUUUAUUAAUACACACUGACAGACCACCUCGCCGAGCUUCAGGUGGUGACAGGAGCAGACGAAGGGGCAACAAACAGAGGACGGCUCCAUCUCACAAUAUGUGGAGUCUUUUUUUUGUUGUGUUGCUGUCCUCGGUUUUUCUCCUCAUGUUUGAUAGAACACACACACUGCAGCAGGUGGAACCGUCUCUGUAGUUCAGUUGCCUGGACACACCUGUUUAGCCCAAAGGCAUGACACUGCGUCUCUUCACACUCACACACAGCUUUCUAUGCAUAACUCUUACAACGAACACAUGCUCUCCCCCCCUAACCUCAAGCUGCCGGGCCAGAAUGCCAACCAUCCUCCCUGCAGCACUAUUUGACUUGUAAAUAAUUCAAAACUGUAGACAAAAGCAGGUGUGGGUGGACCGAGGUGCUGUAAAAUCAAGUCUAAACCUAAAGCUUGAAGCGAGAAACACAAAAAAGCAAAGGUCAGAACAGGAGAUAUGAGCCCUUGAGCUAAAGCAGGGCCCUGUUUGUGGGUCUGGCAGCGCCUCGUUCACUCAUCCUUCCUUUAAUACUGAAAUAGUGCGUCUGUCUGGUGUCUCGUGCCCAGUCCAACCUCCAGCUGUGCCGCUGGCUGUGAAACCUGAGCCUGAGCGGGAGAACGAGCUCAUCAGUGUCACUGGCAGGACUUGUUUUCUGAAUCCUUUAUCAACGCUCCACCCAGGCAGAUGAGCGGAGUGGUUUUUGUGCCAAGAAACUGGAUGCCACACAUGCAGUUUUCGAGUUUGUCAUAGUUUUUUGUUUUGCAAGAGACAGAAACUCCUGUGUGAGCAGAAUUUUUCACACUAUGUUUGUCUAGUUUAUCAAAAGACAGAAAAUGAAUCUACAACAAUUUUGAUUAUUAAAAUGACAAAAAUGAUGCACAGAUACCAGCUGUCUUUGUAGAUAUUCAACUGCUCUUGCCUUUUUUAUGUAUCUGAAAAGAGGUCAUCAAACCAAGUCAGGCUUUAAAGCUCCUGUAAGGAACUUUCAGUUUGUGUGUUAGCGCCCCCUGUGGACAGAUCAGUCUGUGUUUAUUUCACCCUCACCAGGCUGAAGUAGUCCUCUUAUCCUCCUGACAUUUAUGACUGUCAAAUGUGUUAUUUAUUAUAACCAUCUUUAUGUGUCAAAACAGACUGUUUCUUAGCUGUUUAGCUAGCACUUUAAAAUUUACUCUAAAAUAUGAUCCGUCCUAUUGUUGAUGGUCUUGUUUGCUUUUCUAGAUCAUAAAAGUGAAUUUCAGUCUUUUCCAUAAAUGUCAAAAAACUCCUCACAGGAGCUUUAAAAGAAUUUUAAAAGCACUUUUUUUAUUACUUUCCUACAUAAUAUUCAUCCAAAACUUAAUAGAGGUUCAUCAGUUUACAUUAUUGAAAGCCUCUGGCAAUAAUAAUAACAAUAGUGUGUCUGUAGUUUACUGGCAGCAUCAAAUACUAAAAGCGAACACCGUCGGAGCGAUAAAUCCCCAGACUUUGAUCUCUCCUGUUGGUUAAAGUUUGUCUAAUAAGGAGGGGACUCAACUGUACGGGGUUGUAAAGUAAACAGCCGAGCCUCGUUUUGAAUAAAUUCUCCUCUGUGUGUAUAAAAGAAGGGAUUUGCCUCGGCUGACUUUGCCCCACCUGUCGGCUAUGUGUAGUUCAGGGUGUGGCAGCAGGUAGACAAAGCUCUCAGACUUCAUCCUGAGGGGGAUUAAAUAACUGCUGCUGUCCACAGAAUGAGGCAGAACAUGUCCGGGUGCUGCUCUGUACAUUCGUGUGCAACGUCAUAACCAGCUUCUGGCAUCCACUCAACUAUCCGAGAGCACAGCAGGAAGUGCUCUUAUCAUAAAAGACAAAUUCACAUUUCCUUUCUCUUUGCAUGGAACAGGGCCCAUCUGUUUUUACAGAGGGGUUUUUUUGUGAGUGUCUAUCAGGUUUUAAAUUAGACACCUCCAAAACUUCCCCAGUCAAAGCUGUAUUCUCUUACUGUAUGUGACGUGCUUGUGAUGUGCGUUUAUUUCGUCAUCUCAGUGCCCCUGACAUUCAGAUGACAAAGAAAACACUCCCCACAUGCCAAGCAACGCCAACAGUGUAGUAAACAAACGUAUCAAUAUCGAGCCGGUCUGUCCCCCCAUGAGUGAAAACAGAAGUGAAAGUGGGAGAGUGAUGAAGAGGUUGACUUCAUAUGAUGUGGUCUAUUAUUAGUCAUAACUUCCGAUUCGGUGAGUAACUUUCUAAAAUUUGACUGCAGGGAAACUUCAGCUGCGUAACACAUUACGUAUUGAAAGUUUAGGUAACACAUCACAGCUGUGUGGUUACUGGGACUACAGGAGGACUCAGUCAAAGUGCUCGUGUCGAGUUUGUUGAGAUUAAUUGCUCGUCUUUAAAGUCUUUUCCUAAAAUGGACAAGAGCAAGCCUGCAGUCCUCUUCUGAUCAUGCAGGCGAGCCUCCUGAUUGCUUGGCUGUUUUUUUAAGGAAAACUUUCCUCAGCAGUCGACAGACAACAGUGCAGUAUUAUACUGCUUCUUUUUUUCUCUUUAGCCGUUGGGAAAGUACCUCUGACUGCAUGGAAAGCUCUGUGUCCCCAAGCAUCUCAGAUGAAGAAAUCAGUUUGUUGUACUUAACAAAGAAAAAAAGAAAACAGCUCAAAUGUUGGGAAACAGUUAGACAAAACUAUUCAUGUAAGCGUUUAAAAAUAUAUCAACUGAAAAUGCAAUUUUUUUCUUAUCCAGUCAAGGAGAAAUAGAUUUACUAUGAUUUAUUCGCAUUUCAUUUAAUUGAGCAACAUAUUUUUUUGUCUUUGCAUUACCCAGGAAAAACUCAACGUACACAGAAUAAAUCAAACAUACUGUAUUGUUCACAUCUUCAUUCCAACAUCUCAGAGGCUGAUUAUGCAGACUUAUUCAAAAAUGAAUGACUGUAGCGUGCCGUUAUAAGGUCAGCAUAAUUACGGGGAUGAAAAAUUAAUCUGAGCAGGUUUUUAUGCUCCUGCUCCAACAUUGUUCAAACGUUGAGAAAAUCCACUUUGACAGGUUUUCCUGUGGCACUCGGACCACCUCAUUGAUUAUUGACUAUAUUAGUACAUUACCCGCAGCCUCUAGAACUGAACACUAAGCAGGAUUUAUCCCAGGACCACCAUACCCGCUGCAGGAAUCAUCCUCUGAUACAGCAGGCAGUUAAACUCAUCACAACAGGAAGAAUUUGAUUAAAAAUAGCUUCAAUCUUUGUUAUCGUUCAAUAAGUUUCUAUAGAGCAUCAGCCCCGCUGUCACAUCCUGCAUGUACAAAAAUCAAUGAAUAGUAAAAUUUGGCAAAAUUAAACACACUCCGCUAAUGUUCCUCCAGAACACAGACUAGUUUGUGGAUAAAAUAGGAGUUCAGCAUCACGAGUCCUACUCCCCGAGGCCACAAACAGGCUGCAAACCACCAUCCACCUCCAGUAGCUGCACAUUUCACAGAGCUGCCGCACAUCUUUUCACAUGCUGUUUGAUCGCUUCUCCUCUAUUCUCCUGGCUGCCUCGGGGGGAAACCCUGUGUUCCCCUAGCAUGAGCUCAGCUUGUAUUAUGUGACAGCAGACAAUUGUCUGUCACAUUCAGUCAUGCCGGGCCAGAUAAGAGCUCAGAGAAGUGGCCCUGAUUUUGGGUGUCAUCCAGCAGUGAUGCAAAUUGGAUCCUUCUUUCUCUGCUGUUGAAUAACUUGUUGAAGCGCAAGAGUUUUUUUUUCUUUUCCCACACUUUACAUUUUAAAGAAAUACGGUGAAUAAUCUGUAGAAGAAACACGGAUAAUCUUCAGGCCUGUUUCUCUUUUGCAAACACAGUGGCUCUACAUUUCCUCCAGUAAAGGUGAUCAGCUGAGGAGUUACACAGUAAUGCGCUUGUGUGUUUUCCACAAACGGUCAAAUGACUGGAUCUUUAAUUUGUAGUACUGUAAAAGAUCAUAGUUGUAAUUUAACAGAGUAUUGCUCUUUAAAGAUACCACUUGUAAUUUUUUUUAAUGUGCUGAUAUUUUCACAAGUAGAUGCACUUUUAGCCUGUUUUAAUGUCUCCAGCUACGGCAUUGUUCUGGACAAAUUCCAAAACUUUUUUUAUACCUCUGCUUUUUAUCACUUAGACUGAACAAGUAAAAGAAAUUACAGGGGUGUAGCACUCUGAAAGCAUGGCAGUUAAUCUUCAGUCUGAAAUGGAGGUUCAAAUUAACUCCCACGUUUACUCCAAAAACAAACAAUCCUGAUUUUGCAAGGCAUGUUGAACUCUGAGCUCCAGCAUUAGACUAACAAAAACAUGACCAAAUUAGGGAGACCUAUUUUGCAAAUGAUAAUCGAGUUAAAGAAAGAAAUACUAUCUCCCAAAAAAGGAUUUUUUUUGCAUGUCUGACAAACAAAGCGUCAUUUUACUGAGAUAAUGCUGUUCGAACAACCAGGGAAAGUGUCUCUGAGCUCACUCCUCUGAUGAAGUGUGAGGCCCGUCUCCUUCUAGGACACAGAGGAUUAACUGUACGUGAUAGGAGGAACUAUCAGCGACUAUUGAGUAGGAGACGUGGGAGGAUAGUUGGAGUCAUGCCAAUAAGAUAUCAAUAUGCCCCUGAAGAAAGUCGAUUCUGGUUAGAAUUAUACACAAAACACAUAUAUCACUGAGCUCCAGAUUCAGGCUCUCUUGAUAGCUGCAGAAAUUUUAGACUGAAAUAUGAAACAGAAUGGAGCGAAAGAAGCUAACCAUAGAAUGUGUUUUUUAAGAUGCACUGUAAUACCAUAAUUCUGGUGCAACCGAUACACCAUCAUAACCCCAAAUUUCCACCGCGUCCAGAACGGCUGCAAAAAGGCUACAUGCGCCGAUCGCAGCUGAUUGUUUCCACUAAAGUUAAUGUGUCAGUUUCCAUCGGCUUCUUUCCGUUCCGCUUAAUAGUGGACUCUACAGCCGAUCGCCAGAGUUCUAUUUUUUCCGGAUACCGAAGCAUGCUGCAUAAAUUCAGCACAGAUUAGCCCAUGCUGGAAAUAAAGUCGGGCACAGACACAAAAUAAAACAUCCGGCUUCCUUUCAAAAUAAAAAACUACGUGUUUCAGGCGGAUCGUAUUUCAUGCCGUGCAGACGGUCGGGGACGAACAAGGUUUUCAGACAGCAUUUCACCAAGUUGACACCAUGCAUGAGGAGCUUAUGAUUCUAGAAGUUUAGAAGUGGAUUUUCUCCUCUGGAAGGACACAAUCUGCUGCUUUUAUGGUAAUGUGACUGUCUUUAUGGAGACAACUAGUUAUCACGCAAUAGCAUGUGAAUCUGCGGGUUCUUGCGAUUCCUGCUGUCUGAAAUCCGCCAUAAAAUUCACCUCACAAGUGCAUACAGUAGGAAUUGGCAGAUGGCGGAAAUUGUCGCCAUCCCGUUGCGGGAGUUGUUCCAGAUGCGGUGGAAAUUGGGGGUAAGAUUCAGACAGAAGUAUUCUAUCGCAUUACUGUAUUUUACCCAGUAGAUGGUGCUUUCAUACCUUUUAACUGUCAGCGCCACCAUAGGCCGAGCCAAACUAGCAUAAGGGAAAUUGGCAGGGUGACAAUAAUAGAAACAACUACACGUCUGCAUAAAAACUGCUCAUUGCUGAACACGUGGAAGUCAAUUUGUCUUCUUUUUUGCAUGACGUAAAUCAUUUGAUCCAAAAAUGUCAAUCAAAUAUUUGCAGGUCUGUCAACCAUCCCUCUAAUUUAACUUUCUCCCUCAUAGCACAGCUAAUUUGUCACUUUGAGAUAGUAUAGCUUGAGGGUGAACACUUCACUUAACCGCAGAAGCACAUUUACAUUACAUAACUUUCUUCAAUCAGAUAAUCUUUUAGAUAAUUCUAGUAGGUGCUUUAAGACCCAGUGAGAGUGUAUCCGACCGCUCUGGUGACGAUUUGUUCUCUUUGCCCACAAACCGAGUCCUUUAGCGAUGGAAAACAGAUGUGUCAGGGCUGUAAAAGUGCUGGACUGCUGCUGUAUGGAGGCGUCUCUCCUGGCUUUAUUGGUGUACAAGUAAUGAGAGAGUCGGGCUUGGACUUAAGCGGACCAGAACUUGGUACUGAGUGGAGGUUUUGGCAAGCCAUGGGUAUGUGUGUGUGUGUGUGGGUAUGUGUGUUUAUGCUGGAGUGGCGUUCGCAGAAUGAGUUUCCAUAGCGCCCUCAGAGCCUGCCAAGCCCUCUAUGACUCACUCGCACAUGGCCCGGGUAAAUCACUCUAAGAUGGUGGGACUCCACAAAGUCUCUCUCUUUCUUCCUCUUGCUCUCUCUCGCUCUUUAUGCCCAAGGACCUUUCCAUUGGGAAGUGGGGAAGGUGGGUGCAGUGUAACCUUAACCACCCCGGUACCAUCUGGUCAGUUAUAUAACAAAUGUUCAGUUUCCAGAUCUGCAAAAGUUAGUUUACUCUGACUGAAACAGCUCUGCUCUAUAAUCUAAACAAGUGCGCUGAGUCUGAAUGGAAACUCUUUGGACUGUUCAUCAAACAGACAUGUCUCAGAUGUUCUGCAUUAACUGCUGCUCUUGUUUAUUCAGACUGAGGAAAUGUGAUUUGGACUUCAAGUAAAGAACGACAUCUUGAUGCAGCUCUGUUAAUUACAACGCUGAUGACUUGUCUUGGACUAAUAAGCAAUGCUAAUGAGCUGAAUUCAAAGAUUAUCACCUUAGAUUAUUUGAGGAAGGAGGCUGUGUCACUAAUACCCUCUCCGGUUCAGCAUGUGCUUGGAAACCAGUCUGCAUGUUUUAGUUUUCCAACUUGUUGCCAGAUGGGUGGGGUUUGCCACAGAGAGCAGCCUCCGUCUUGCCAAAGUUAGGACAAUCACAGGAAAGUCGACGCAGCCUUAAUUUCAGAGUUUUACAGCUCAUCUGACGCUGUCCGUACAGUCGUGCGUAAAGAAUACAUUUCCCCUCCACCUUCACAUCCACACAAGUGAACAGUAUUUUAUUUCCUCAGUCUAAAUUUGAUGCCAGUGCGUUUAGGUUGUGCGUGAGAGCGCUCUAUCGUCAGGCUCGUCCCACAACCACAUCUUGGUUGUGCUCCAAGCUUCAAAUCCCUUUUUUUUCUUUUUUUUUUCCUCCACAUACGUUGGCAAAAAGCUGCAGAACGCUAACCAAAAGUCCUCACAGUCUCAUAAACUCCCCUCUUUUGUUUAGCUUUACACUAACAAUAGCAGCAGUCAGUUUUUUUUCCACCCGUGAAGUUUGCAUCGUAACCGAAUGCAGCUGGAAGCUCCCUCGCUAAAAGGGGAGGCAGGGACACAAUCUGUCGUUACAACACGGAGCAGGAGAGCGGGUGGCGAUACACCCGGGUGAUUUCUUGUUAACACAAAUAAUGCUAAAACUCUAGGUUGCAAUUUGAGACGCUGUUCCAAUCAGACUGAUAGGAAUUGCCAAUUAAAGGAGUGCAAUUAAUGAGCAGCACCACGUUCAUGCAGAGGGUUGAUGCCUGACAGAGGAAAUCUGUGUUUCUUGCGGCAAGUUGGCACUUAAAGCGAAGGUGUCGAGGUGCAGCUGAACCUGUCGGUGCCUGCAGGCUCCACAGAGCUGCACAAAGAUAACCUGAGAUGGUUUAUGUUUAACUGUCUGUCUUAGGUGCAUACACGCCUGUCGGGUCUGAUGGAGACUUUACACGGACAGUAAAAUCAUAGUGAACCUAGUUUACAGUGUAUUCUUACUCUGUUUUAUCACAAGCGCUCCCCGUGUUUGAUCCUGCAGUUAUGUCUUUUUACAGUGCUGUAAAAAACAGAAAUCAAGAGGUUGAGGCGGCUGACUCAGAUUCCUCGCUCUGCUCUUUAUCAUGGCUGAUAAUCUGAUCCAGCAUCAGUGAAAAAAAGCCCAUAAACUAACACAAAGACAGCCAGGCAACCAGCGUGUGAGUCACUGCUGGAUGAAUCAUCAGCUAAUCACACAGGGAGGAACAAGGCCUGUUUCAUUUGCCUUGUGGUGUCUGUGGACACACGCACUCUCUUUUUCAAACAGGCGGUAUCAGUGGAGCGGGCGGGGGGGGACACCUUUCUCUUUCCCUGCGUGGUGAGUGACACUCUAUUUGAGGAACUGGCGAACAGAUGCAAAUUUCUGCAGCCAUUAAUGAAACAAAGAGAGUGCAAAUCAUUUUUCCAGCACACAGAGUUGGUUUUGUGGACAGCUUAAACAAAACCAUGAGUUUGACACGAGACGAGAGCGGCUCUUCUUCCGUCCCUUCCCCCCUCCCUCUGUCCUCAAAAGCCUGAUGAGACACGGUCGACAUUUGCUCUGCUUUAAAACUCAACACACUGGGACUCUGUUCCCAUCUGCCACAUGUGGACGCUUAUGAGUGUCCUCUGGCGAAAGGCUACAGUGUCGUCCCUUUUCUGGUGAUUUAUUACACACAUACACACAUAAACACACAAUCCCAGUAGUUGUGCUCCCCAUCCCUGAGGAGACGCAGGAAACAGUCAUGUGCCAGCCUGUUGUAUUUAUUUUACUGCAUAUUUCCUUUUGAGAGUUGCACAACAGUGAUAGAAGAGAGGAGCGGGGCUGGCGUGAAUGAGCAGGCCUGAAUGGCUUUUGUUUUGUUGUUUUGCAGUCUGCGCGGCUCACAUUUCUGUUAAUCAGAGCUCAACUGUUGCUCACUGCACUUGUCGGUUCUCAUCUCGUUUCAGUUUAACAGCAUGUGUCUGCAGAAAUUCAACGCAUCUUAUCUGUAGGUUAGGUUACGCUGUGCCAAGUCAAUCCAAGCGAGUCAGCGGCUUUGAUUCGAGAUAAAGUCCUGUCAUCACGACUCCACACGUGACCAUACGCUCUUUAUUUUUGUGCACAAGCCGCAAAAUUAAUUUCCCAAAACAAAACCAAAAAUAUUUUUAGACCUUUAUGCGAAGUCACAUGAUUCUGACUUAACUCUCAAAAGUCAGAUUUAGUCAAGUCGUUAUUUUAAUUAAAUUAAGCAGAAUUUUUCACCCGUUUUAUGAACAGUUUUUCCUUUUUUUCUUAAUUUGACAGUUUUUUAUGUGCAACCCUUUAAUUAAACAACCACCGUUGUGGCAGUAAAACUGAGAUUUUAAAUAUUUUCAGUGGAGGCAUUAUGAAGCCUUCAAACACUUAAUAUUUCAGUUUUUAUUUCUUUAAAUACUCCCCUGUAUUAGGAUGAACAGCUUGUAGGAUAUAAAAUCAGAUGAAAUGAAAAUGAUGAUCACAGCAUCAUGCGUGAAAUAUAGUGUUUCACAGUAAAGAUAAAGGAUGAAGUAAACGCAGCAUUGUGCCGGACUCGGGCACGGUUUCCUGGUGCCAGAUCUAUUUCUGGGUCCCAGCGUUUGUUUAUUGUUCACCCACCUUUCUCUUAGUCACCUUUUCCCUCCUCACAUAAAGCCGCUUUGUGAGCAGUAAAAGAAAAAUGCACAGAGGAAAAGUCGGCUGUAAUUGGAGAGAGGAACAUUUGAGACAAUCUGUAGGGAGUUCGGGAGAACCCCCCGUUUUCUUUUUUUUUUUUUCCUCUGCUGUGUUUGAGCAGUGAGUCAUCAGGAAAACCCCACCCACACGUGCCCACACAUGCUCGCCAGACGGGGUAUGUGUGUGUGUGUGCAUUUGUGUGUAUGUGUGUUUAUGUAGUAACAUACCAUAUGGAUCAAUGGUCUCUUGUCGUGCAUGUGAAAGGAAUUCUCUGAAUAGUACUACAGGAAAUGAUCGAGGCGGCGUAUUGUGUGUAACUAUAGCACCCCUCACAGAGAACGGCUGGUUCAAACACGUUAUCGGGGAAAGCCUCAAAGUGAAGUGAAAGAGAUGGACCCCCCCCCUCCUGUUCCCCCGCAGCUUCAGCAGAUGUGCCCGUGUGCAAAGUGCUGAAACCCCUUCCUGCUGCAGGGGAGCUGCCUGAUGGUAAACAGCACAUGGCUGCAGCUGGAGUGGGCAGCUCCCAGAGCGAAAGUGGAGGGUAUCUGGAUCCCUAAUGGUGACUGGGAUUUUCAGCACAGCUGCAACAUAUGGAUAUGCAUUUACCAACUUCUCUGGAGAAUACGAUCUAACUUUUCAGAUUGGUUUUAGAUAUCCCUGUUUUAGUUUUCUACCACAUUUUUUAAUCUACCAUUUUUUUAACAAAUUCGAGGUCAGAUGUGAUGAUCCAGCUCAAAAUCAACCCCCUGGUGAUGCAAUCAGGAUAUUAUCUUUUGAUUGUGGGACCUUGUUGCAGGAAAUAGAUCCAAACAAAUGCAUCAUCCUCAAUCAUCUUGUCCUAGGAGCAGAUAUCACAGCGACAAUUACAUCAGAUACUUGACUAAAUAUAUCUACACUAUCUAUGUGGGUCAAGACAAUGAUUGGUGAGCUAACCGUUGUUGAACAGGAUCCAGUGCAGCCAAGAUUAGGUCCUCUCUCUCUAUCAAGAAUGAUCUGAUGAGUGCAGGGAGGGCGGGAGUUUAAUGUUGACCCUGAGUGAAAGAGCGCCGAUCUUUCCUGCAAAAGUAGGAAAAACGGGGGAGGCUGUUUUUAUCGGUGCAGAGGUCAGACGAUGAAACUGUGCGAUCUCAAGUGUUUUAAAUUUGGAAGGUUUUAAAGCAGCUACAGAAACAGACUCUGCACGUAGAUUUCACUUAUGAAACCCAGAGUGUAAUAUUAAAAAUAACGCUGAUGCUGUAAAGUUAAAAAAAAUCAGACAGGAAUAUUUAAGAUGCCCCCUCGAGAAAAAAUCAGUGCAGGUAUUUUAAAAUGAUGUAAAAACUUGUUUUCUAUUUUGUUUUUGUUUUAGUGCUCAGUGCUUUCUUCUUAAACUGAGCCGCUGCUGCUGCGGUCAUUUUUAGUUUCCGUAUUUUGCAGGAAUUAUACGUUAGCGGGAACUCAAAGCAACACCCUCUCAAUUUUGAGAUAUUUUGGAAAUCCACCCUGAAACUUGUGCACCUUUUUUUAUUCCGCUGCGUCCACAGCGUGGUAGAAAUGGCUUACUAGCAGGCCUGACGACAAGGCCUUGGUUUCCAUGGUAACGGCAUAGCAAAACAGGAGGGGAAGGGAGGGUUUGGGGGGGUUGCUUUUUUCUCUCUUUCACUCCACGAGGCGGGGUUCGUUUCUCGUUACUGGGGUGGACAAAGAUAGCUGUGAGUCAUCCUUGAGGCUGGGAGCCGAGCCAACACAUUCCUCCUCCUCCUCCUCAGAUUUCUCGUCUCUAUUAUCCCCCCUUUCUCUUUUUGUCUUUCUUUUUUUUUUUUUUCGCAUUUCAAAUCCACACUCCCCCCUCCAGCCUCUCCUCUCCUCUCCUCCUCUCCCCCAUCUCACACUGUCUCCGUCCAAUAGCUCCCAUUUUGUCUCUGUACCUCAAAAUGUGUCAUUUACUCUUUCGCAACAAAAUGCCUCAAAAAAGCUCUGAAAUUGCAGCCGAAGAAGCCGAAGUGAUGUGUAAACCUUUAUUGUUUUUCAAUAAUAUUUUUUUGUUCAAGGGCGCAGACAUUGGCGCGUGGGAGGAACGAAGCCAUGACCAAUAAGACAAGUGGUCUGCGCAAAAUAGAGCUUCCUGAAAUUACUCCUUUUUUUUUCCUUUUUUCUUUUUUUUUUAAUUCUGUCUUUCACUGAAAGUAAAGCGUGCCGCACAGCCCUGAUGGCACAAAGGUUUCUCUCAGUUUGCAAGCUCAGAGUCGACUCUUUCACUUGAUCUGCAGACUGGCACUUUUUUGUUUUUAUUUACCUAAUUUCCCAAAUGUGAUCUGCAGUUGUUUGCUCAUCUGUUGGCUCUCGGCCAUCCUCAGCACCACAUUUGUCAGCCUUAUGCUGACUGUGUAUUGUUUAGUAAAUAUUAUUGGUGCGAUCCUUAAGAAAUAACUGCACAGUGGCCCCACAUGUGUUCUGAGAGCAGCCUGGAGGCGUCCCGGCUUUGAUGGGACAGAAUGUAAACAUCAAGUCUGAGGAUAUUUAUGCCGGGUCUCUCCAAUUACAUAUUUCAUACUGGAUUAUAUAAACAGGUUGUUAAGGGCUCUCACACACACCCUGCUCUGGAUUAUGUAAAUACUAUAUGAGGACACACGUGUGCAGGGACUUAUACGGCCAUAAACAUUUUAUAACACUUUGUCAGAGCUGAUGUCCUAUUUACACACAUACACACAAGCACAAAAAUGGACUAACAUAAAUGGUAACACACACACACACACACACAGUUUGCAGCCAACACUCCCACACAUGUACGGUGAAGAACAGACUCAAACAUGCACAAAUACACCCACAGAUACACGUCUGCUUAAGAGGAACACAAACACACACACACUGACAGGUUUUUAAUGCCCUUUCGUUGUCUUUAGACGCCGCGCUCUGUUUUGAAGCAGACAUCCAGGAAUAGCAUCCUGGAGAUGCCAGAGGCGGCAGAGAUAACGUGGUUAAAUAAAAACAGCGCAGACCUGUCAGUCAUUCAUAGUAUAUAUACAUGUGAGGCAGAGAAUUACACAAGAAGACGAAGCCCUCAAACACCAUUGGAGACACUGGUACCUGUACUGGAGUUCACCUGUUUCAGACAUAAACACUCAGACGUAUAGUCGCAGCUGUGAGUUCAGUUUAAAAGCUCUGUGAGAGGACUGAGGUAGAGGCUGCUGAAACCUUCAUUCUUACUUUUAGUGCCACUCAGGACCAGGUCUUUUUUUAGAUGCACAAUUAAACCGUUGGUGUUAAAGGAGUGUUUGUUUUGCUCCUUCUCGCAUCACAAGUGCUUCAUGUGAAUUGUAAACAGCUAUUUUGCUGCCUGUUUAUAAAACGUCAAACUACAGCAGACAUUUUUAAGCUCAUUAUUGGGGUGAAUACGUUCUCAAUGGAUACUAUUGGCUGCAGAAAUCUUUGAUACUGACGACAAAUUUCUGACCUCGAUGCUGUUAGAACACAGACACAUAUUUGUCAUGAUAAAGGGUUUUAAGGAUAUGUAUAUAAGAAUUAUAGUGAUUUAUCUGUCUGUUUAUCUGUCAUUAUCAUGGUAUCGUUCAGUCUUUUUCAGGAUUCGCCCCUUGUUGUAUUUAUCAUCUUAAAUCUGUCUAUCUUAAAUUUUGUGGUUUGUGAUUUUGGAGCAUGUGUUUUAACAACUUAUGAUUGGAUAACCAUGUUUUAGUUGUUAUAAAUAACCUAAAACUUCAUUUUUAAUUAAGUUUGCAAAAUGAAAAUAAAUCCUAGAGAGUCGGUUUAACUUUGUUUUAUCCAGUUCCAAAGGAUGGCACACUUGUAUCCUAAAUUAAGACUGUAAACACAUCUGUUUCCUGUGUUAUCAGUGAUCAUGAAUAGACUAAUGGUGCAUUAGAGUUAUACUUUGGCACUGAAGCACCACUGUGUGUUCGUUCAGCCUCUCAGGACAGAGAGCCGUAUGCUCAUCUUCAUUGUUCUCUCAGGGUUUUGUUUUUCUCCGGCGUGUUUAAUCCUGACGGUACAUCUCACCGUGGCCACUUCUGCUGAGGCCUCGACAGUACAAGAGGUUUCUGUAUGAAGCAUUCUUCAAAUCGGUACACAGUGUGCCAUCCCGAAGACCUCUCCGUCUCGCCAUCGUGUUUGUGUACAAAGAGAAAUCACAUAGUCAAACAGCAAAAGCCACUUCUGUCCAUUAAUUCUCCGUCAGAGCUGAUCCACUGGGCCCAUUAGCGCUAAUGAACAGCACAGCAGCCACGCGCACGAGCGCUCGUCUGCCUGCAGAACCAGACUGUUAAAAUGUUACAGUCUGGUGAGAAAGUAUCACAGUCUGACAAAGAGCUGCAGAGUUUUCAGUCAGGUUGUAAACAAUACAUGAGACAUAUGUGUGUGUGCGCACACCUCAAUGCAUGCAUUUACACUUCACAGCCUAUUUCAAUGUAAAGGAAACACACUCGGUCUCAUUAAAUAGACCUGCUUUGGUAAUUUGGGUUGAUUAUUGGAGACUGUAACAUGCUAAUUAACAGCCUUGUGGUGGAUUGAAAGUGUUUCACAACAGCAGCAGCAGCAGAAAAUGAGUCUUCAUCACACCAGCCUGAGGAAACAUGUCCCAGCCAGAGGUGGUUAGACCUCGGCUCUUGUUUAAGUCACAACAACAAAAAGGGUAAAUAAAUCAUUUUAUAGCAGAAACCGAACCUCAUGUCACCCCGGCUGUAACUGACGGGCCCGUUUUGUUGGCGUUUUAGACAGCUUACAUGUCUGUAUGAGGUGACUGUAAGUGGAGGUUGAAGAAUUCAAGGAAUGCUUGUAGGCGUUGACACAGUGUGUGUGAUUUUUGACACCUCAAGUAUUUUACAAAGCCAUAAUCCUGAGUACCUGAGUACACCUGGUUUGUAAAAGGUUGCAUUCUUGUGUCUCUUUAUGAGUUAAAGCAAAAAAGGGAGAAAGAAAAAAAAGGUAAAAAUUCUUCCUUAGAUUGUGAUCGGCAGAAAAAACAUGUCUGUGUAAAAGUUACUGCAAGUUUCUGGACUGAAAAGGCAUCUGAGGUCGUGCUUUAAGUCUUCCAUCAGUCAUACUGUACGUACAUGAGGGAAAAAUGUGCCCUUGGGCGAGGCGUUUACGACUGAGUUUGAGUUUUAGUAGAAGUCUGCGUUUCAGCCGCUAAUAAAGCUUUUGAGUUUGAUUUGGUGCUGCACAAACAGGAAUGUAUGAACAUCUGGUCUCAACAUCUGCUUGUUAAAAUCAAGUUUAAAGUUGAGGAGAAAAGUUUUAGUUGUGCUUCUUUGGGCCGUAAACACCUAGUUGCUGCCUACCUAAACCAAAGCAGUGUAAAGCAUUGAAGAUAACUUAGAGGUAAUAUAUAUGUUCAUAUGUACAGUCACAGUCGCAGCAGCUGCACAGGUAAACUUCUCGUUGUUGCUGUCUCUGAUUUUUGCACAGACGGCCGUCAUGCUUGUCGUAUUUCAAACAGCAUCUCUUCUGGAAAUGAAACUGUACUCUUCUUUCUACUCUUGUAUAAUUACCCGUGUUGGAUCGUACAUCUGUAAGACAUCAAGAGCAUGUUUUUUUUCCUCUGGUUUUCAUUGUGGACUCUUUUCCUGCCAUGACUCGUUGGUUUCUCUUCUGAAGUAGUUCUGCUUCCUCUUUCUCUCUUUGUUCAGACUCUUUUCAGGAAGCACAAAUGUAUCUCCAAGCUCUUCAAAGCCUCGUCUGUGUUUACCGAAUGUUGAUUGCUUUAGAGUGUAACAAUAAACUAAAUCUGAACUUUUUAAGGGGUUUGUGAAUGAGUCAAAGUUUGCUUUCGAUCAGUAUUCCACUGUGGGGUAAGAAGUGUGCCACUGCCACAGUUCGACAGUCCUGUUAACCAGGAGUUAAAGUGUAUCUGUAGCUCAUCCUGCCUCUUGCUUCUACACUGGACACCCGAACACGGAGCUUGUAGUCUGACCAGCCGACACUGAGGUCUGUUCAUGCAGGCUGGAAACUAUCUCCCCUGGCAGAUGGCAAUUAUUACAGACAAUGAAGACUGGUCCACAGGGCUUAAUAGAAUAACAGGGAGCCCAUUUCCUCUUCUGCUGUUCAUGAACCACCUAUACUGCUAACAGCCUCUCUCUCUCGCUCUCUCUCUCUCUUUUCUCCGCUCUCUUCAUCUUCUGCUGGGAAUGAAAAGUUUUUCCAGGGCAGUAUCCAAGUGUUUCUUUCCAAAACAGAACAGUAAAUUGGUUCCUGUUGCGAUGUUAGCGGGGAGGCGGGGCGCACUCGCACCAGCACAUGCGCAACAAACGUGAAUUCUCUUAAUUCAACACAGGUUCCCUCGAGACAGAGUUUAAUGGGCUCUUAUUCAGCACUGAAGGCUAAUAACAGUACGCCGAUGUUCAGUUCACAUCAGCGGUGAACAACUGCUGCACUCUGGCUCUAUAAUGGAGGUGUGUGUGUGUGUGUGUGUGUGUGUGUGUGUCGUCCACCACUUCUUCUGUCACUGCAGCAGCUCUCCUCUGCUCUUCAAGUCUCAGAGAAAGAAGGAGGGCACUGUUAGACCCUGAUUUAAGAGCCGGCGUGAGCUUGAAGUAAAUCCUGACUCAAGGCGGCUAACAAGAUACUAUAACUCUACAUAAAAUAGAGUUAGUGUGUCCUUUCAGCACCUUUUACCUGUGUGAUUAAAACCACUUUAUUUGAGUAGAAAAUUUCCAAAUCAGCAUAAAUUUAAAGAGUUAAACCAAAGAAAUGCAAACACGAGGUACAGAGUUGAUUGUUUGAUUUUGUCCAGCUGUUCAACAAUUUGCAAUCAGCACUUGUCAAAAGAGUGUACGGCUGUAACCCACCAGCACUAUCUGAUCGUGAAACACAAUAAGACAGAAGGUGAACUGAGUCCACGUCUCCUCUUUUCUUCUCUUACAGGAACAGUAAAAAGGAGUCUGACUUGGCGGCUGCUCUGGCCCGACUGAGAGACCUGGAGGCCCUGCUCAACUCGAAGGAUGCCACCCUCACCACCACCUUAGGGGAGAAGAGGGCCCUGGAGGCUGAGGUCAAGGACCUGAGGGCCCAGCUGGCCAAGGUAAAAAGGAUUCUCACUGAACUGAAGUGGUAGGGAGGCUGCAUCUCUCUGCUGAGGGCAGAAAAAAGAACAGCAGACAGUCACUAUUAUCAGUUUGGCCUGUAAAGGUUAUCUUCUCUUUGAUGCGUUAUUGUAAAGUUUGAUUUUCUCUAAAGACUUAAAUUGAUUUUUAUAUCAUCAGAAAGAUUCAAAGAUUUGAGGUCCUGGUUGUACGUAAACCCUGCAGACAGUUGAUCAUGAAUGAGGACAAGGUGUGGAGACACACAAGGUUGUAUUGUCUGCUGUUUGUUUUAUCAAUGAAUUUCACCACAGGACUGACUCUGAUUUCCUUGAGGCCUUACUCCACCUACUGGCCUCCUUGGGGAACUGCAGGUUAAAGAAUUAUAAUGAGCUGUGCCCCAGUAUCAGGGGCAGACAGGCCAUCAGGAGUACCAGGAGUUUUCCCGGUGUGCCCCAGUAGAGUUUUAUCGCCCCUGCCUGGAGCUGCGUUUGAUUUUCUUUUUUUUUUCUUUGACGCCUCCAUUAAAAACACUUCCUUCCUCAUCUUCUCUUUUAUCCUCUCUCACCCCUCCCAGCUGGAAGGAAGCUUAGCUGAUGCCAAGAGGCAGCUGCAGGACGAGAUGCUGAGGAGAGUGGACGCCGAGAACCGCCUGCAGACUGUGAAGGAAGAGCUGGAGUUCCAGAAGAACAUCCACGCUGAGGUUCUCACUCUUCACCUCAACCCCUCUAUUUUAGUCAUCCGUCCUACUUUUCGUCUUUUCCACAGGAUAUUGAUUUGCCUCCAACAACCUGCUUGUUUGUUUUUGCACUCCUGAUGCAGAUCAGCUCCACACAUGCACCUUUCUGUUUCCUUCAUUUCAGAUGUAUUUGAAAGCAAUCACACAAACAAGUACGAGUAGAAACACUGAUGUAUUGUGCAGUUCACUUCAGGUUUUGACACAGUGCCUAAAACCAGAAACAAAUGAUUGUCGUCUGAGUUUUAAUGUCAUGAUUAGGGGUUUCUUUAAUGUCAUCAGAGAGUUGGAUGUGUCUGCUGGAGCUCUGUACUGCUAAACAAGUAAUUACAGCUCAGCAACAGGCUGAUCAAUGCAGUUUAGAUCAUUAAUCAAAGCAGCUUUCUACAGGUGAAAUCGCUCAUAGUGCCUGAAAGUAAUUGAACCGAGCAUCAAUACAAAUUACUCUGUUUAUGGUUUAAUAAACUUAUAAAGGAUUUCAGAAGUCGAGAAAGCUUCUUAUCGACAUAAAUUAAUGUUGCACCAGUUAAAGGGGGAAAUCAAAAAACUGAGAGCAACCUCUCGUGGGACUGAUAAUCAGCCUUGACUCUGUUUGUGUGUGUGUGUGUGUGUGUCUGUAGGAGCAGCGAGAGAUGUCGAUUCGACACAAGUCCCGCACCGAUGAGGUGGACAGAGGUAGACAGAUCGACUAUGACAGCAAGCUGGCCGAGGCCCUGGUCGAUCUGAGAGCCCAGCAUGAGCAGCAGGUCCGCCUCUACAAGGAGGAGAUCGAGAAGACCUACAACUCUAAGGUGAGCGCGGACUCAUCAGUGCCAGAAUCACAGGACCCCCAGUUCAUGCUUGUGUCUGUUUUUUCAUGCAGAUGAUGGAUUUUAGUAAGAAACACAAUUUUUGCUCUACAGUCGUGCACAAAUUCCAUCUUUAGAUAGCUUUAUUUUUACAGGAUGAGCAUAAAUUGACAUUUUUUGUUGUGAAAAUGAGCAAAAUUCUUCAUCAUAUGUGCAGUUUUAAUGCUCUGGUUCGGGGCUCUAAACCACAGUAAACACCAUUUCUCUCUCUGCAUCAGUUGGAGAACGCCCGUCAGUCAGCUGACAGGAACAGCCACAUGAUGGGAGCCGCCCACGAAGAGCUGCAGCAGACCCGGGUUCGACUGGAGGGCAUGUCGGGCCAGCUCAGCAUGCUGCAGAAACAGGUGCACACACCGGCGCGGUGUUGAUCACUCUGAUUGUGGUUGAUAAUCUGUCUGCUGGAUUGAUCAUACUCUGCAGAGUACCGUUUAUCUUCAGCAGCACUGAUUGAUCGUUUAAUUCAGGGUUUCCUUACACAUUGUAGUUUAAUAAGUAUUUGCACUUUAAUAACCACUUUACAGACGACAUACUUGCCAGGCUUGAUUAACGAACCUCUGUGUGUGUGUGUCUGUGCCUGUGUGUGUCUGUGUGUGUGUGUGUCUGUGCCUGUGUGUGUCUGUGUGUGUGUGUGUCUGUGCCUGUGUGUGUCUGUGCCUGUGUGUGUGUGUUGUAGCUGUCAGCCAGCGAGGCCAAGGUGAGGGAGCUGGAAGAUUCCCUGUCAAGGGAGCGGGACCUGAUGCGCAGUCGGCUGGAGAGUAAGGAUCGGGAGAUGGCUGAGAUGCGAGCUCGGAUGCAGCAGCAGCUGGAGGAAUACCAGGAGCUGCUGGACAUCAAACUGGCCCUAGACAUGGAGAUCAAUGCUUACAGGAAGCUGCUGGAGGGAGAGGAGGAGAGGUGAGCGGGUUCUUCAGGCUAAAGUGGACUGUGGAAAAGUACUGGAACAUUUCGAUAAAGUGGGUCAAAGAAGCAGAGUUCCAGGGCGGUUCAGAAAACUUUCCCCCAUUAGUGAUCUGAGAAUAUCUGCAUGUUCUCUGACCACCACGCUCCAUUUCUAUCGUCUAAAUCUCUCUCCUUCCUCCUAGGCUGCGUCUCUCACCCAGCCCUCCACCCACCAGGGUCACAGUGACACGGACCUCCGGCUCCGGCCACACCCACACCAGCCGCCUGCUCCACUCUGCCACCGCCGCCGCCUCCAGCAGCCGCAACUCCUCCGGCACCGGCAGCACCAAGAAACGCCGCCUCAACGACAACGACAGCGAGACCUCCAGCAUGGCGGGGGGCACCGUGACCAAGACUCGCAUCAGCCAGCAAGCCUCAGCCUGUGGACGCAUCACUGUGGAUGAAGUCGACCUGGAGGGCAAGUUCAUCCGUCUCAGCAACAAGGCCGACGAGGUGAGUGACCGGUCUCCAUCAGCUGGUUCUGUAAAGCGUUUUAAGUGGGUGUGAUGUGUUUUAACAAAGACUUCAAUGAAAAACAUGAAAAUCUCACACUUUGUUUUUUCUAUUGCUGACCUUUUUUGAUGCAACAAGCACCUGUUUUUUUAAAUAUAUGUACGAUUUAAAAACUUGUCUAACUGUAAAAUGUUAAAAUCAGACUCUGGUUGUUUUCAGUUCAGUCUAACUCUGCUUUAAAUCAAAACUAGUGCAAAGAAAAUCAAAUGUAGAGACCGAAAAACUUAAUCGUUUUAUAUGAAAUGUAUUUUCAUUUUAGAUUUGAUGCUGCCAACAUGUUUCAAGAUAAUUGGCGGAGGACUUGUUGACCUUUGUGUGUCAUACUCGCUUCUUUCAACAACGCUGUAGACAUUUGGUAACCUAGGAGACGGGUGUCUGGAGUUCAGAGCCUGAUUAAGGGUUUCAGCUGCUCAACAGAUUAGAGUUUCCUUUAGUGUAUUUUUUAUUUUAUUUCACGGUGUAUUAUACGUUUCCAGUGGGUGACCAUUGCAGACUGUUGUAGCACCUGGACCCUUCGACUACAGAGACACGCUGUUGUAAUACUUGAAGAAUUGAAUUUGUCAUUAUGUCAGAAUAUGGUGCUUAAUCAGAUCUGUAUAUAUGCUUGAAGAAAAAGAUAAAGUACCAUUGAAUUAAAUGAAUACACAUACAAACUUUCUAACCACAGAAAUAGAGCAGGUGGAACCACGAUGUCCUGAGACAGCUCUUCGAGUAGCUGCUGCACGUUGAGUUUCUCUGAGACUAUUUCAGAAGCAAAGUCACAGCAAAGGUCAGGAACCCAAAAGUUUUUGUAGGAUGGUUCAGCAGACCUUGAUGCGAGGAUCUGAGAGCCUGAGCUCUACUGUACAGGGAUAGCAGCUCUGUUACACAGGACAGGUUGAGACUGCGCAGAGCUUUAAACACACGCAGAACAAUCCUGCGCUGAACAGGAAGCCGGUGCAGAGAUGCUUGUGUUGCUGUGACAUGUUGCCUUUAUUUAUGGCUGCAUAGGAGAGUCUGACUGUCGUAGUUAAAGGUCUGACUAGAGACAGAGAGUGAUGGCAGAGAGUAAUCCAAUCUAAACAUGUAACGUCAUAUUAAACCACUGUCUUGUUUUCUCUUCUGCAGGAUCAGUCUCUGAACAACUGGCAGGUGAAGAGACAAGUAGGAAGUAGUACCCCGAUCGUCUACAAGUUUCCACACAAGUUCUCUCUGAAGGCCGGAGGAAGUGUGACGGUGAGUUUCUCCAGGAUCAAGAAGAGACGGUUGAUCUGCUGAUAUCAAACUGUUUCCCUGUAUUUAUAUCUUAUAAGUCAACGGAAUGUUUUCACUCUGAUAUUAACAGAUUAUUUUACUGACUUUAAAAUGUCGCCUUUUAAAGAUUUUUAAUUUAUUUCUUUUUUUUUUUUUUUGACCUUAAUUUUCUUUUAGUGUUUUGUGUAAAUCACCUUGAAUUGCUCUGGUGCUUGAAUGUACUGAAUGCAUGAGUUUGCCUCACCUCAUCAUUCAUACACGGAUAUGGACUGUCUGUGUGUUUUUGUGUUUUUGUAUUUUGUGUAAAGGUUAACCAGUGCACAAAGAUGGUGCUGACAUCAUAGAAAGUCCUGCUGGUGUCUUAAUUUUGCUGCAUUGAACAAACAGAGUUCUGAACUGAACCUGCCUAAAAUGUGUAAACAGGUUCAUGAUCUCUUCUUAACGCUGACUUCUGGCUUUGGUAGAUCUGGGCAGCCUCUGGCGGUGGAACCAACAACCCCCCCACUGACCUGGUUUGGAAGAGCCAGGACUCCUGGGGCACCGGCGAUCACCUGCAGACCACCCUGAUCAAUGCUGGCGGAGAGGUGUGACUCGUCCCGCGUUCGUUUGACAUCUUCUUUUUCUUCAACAUGAAUUAUUAAAUCGUCUUCUCUUAUUUACCUCCAGGAAAUGGCCAUGAGGAAAGUGACUCGCACCCUUUUCCACGAGGACGACGACGAUGACAUGGUAAGCUUAAAAACGUCAAAUUAGCUUCGCUCCGCUGUGGCUGCAGCAUCUCUCAGAGGAGCGCCUCUUUAAGUAACUCAUCCUGUUGUGUCCCCCCUGCAGGGAGCUCACAGCACAAGUGGUGAGAACGAGUACAACCUGCGGAGCCGUACCGUGAUCUGCGACUCCUGUGGGCAGCCAUCGGGCCGCGAUGGGGGACAUGAUGGCCUUGGGGGACAUUAAUCCUAAUUUAAAGGAAACGGUGAACCAACGAGGCCAGACAGGUACGCAACAGUUAUUGUUUUACUCAUUAAAUAAACACCAGGGUGUCAUAUUUAAUUAAGAAUUUACAGGAUUUUAUCUUUUGAAGUUUGUGAGACAGGGAUGAUUAAAAUCUGGAAAAAAGGAAAAAAAUCAAAUAUAAAAAUUUAAAAAAGUAGAAAUUAAAAAAAAUCUUUAUUUGAAAUCCAGAUUCUUUCUUAGAGAAUCAAAAACUUAUUGGGGUCUUUAUCAGACUCAAAUAAAAUAAGUAUUGAUUGUUAAUAACAGAUUAUUUAAGCUGCUAUAGUAACACAGUCAUCAGUGAUAUGUGGCAUUAAAGGGAUAUUCUGGCGUAAAAUUACGUUAGGGUCAAACACACCGUAACACCGAGUUAGACACCCCGUCAAGAGACGAAUGUUGCCGACCACUUUCUUCUCUGGUUAUACCAACUUUAGUAACGACCGCAGGAUAGCAAUACACAGAGACAAACCUCAACCAAAACGCCACUCUAUAGCCACAAAUAAUGCUCAGAACAGCACCUAACUUCAUCAACAGGACAUAUAGGCUCCCAGCCAUAGUACUAGCCACCAAACAUCUUUUUAACUUUGACUGAUUUCUUUAGCAAAGAGACUAAACACAACUCACCUACUCUCUUCCAGCAGCCGCUUGUUUGUACGGAGACCUCCGGGUGAGUCUAUCAUUGACUGCUCCGGGGUCGCCACAGCUCAAGGAAGAACAUUUAUGAUCAUUUCUUUAUCACUUCCUUGAAGUAAUAAUCAUCAUAUUAAUUAUUUUGCACUGCAGACACAGUAGAUCCUCUGCAUUAGUGUCUCAGUCUUGAUUGCAUUUCCAUGAAGAAAUUAUCAUAAAUGUUCUUCCUUGAGCUGCGUCCCCCCCCCGCUGUAGUCCUUAAUGGACUGGCCUGAGGUCUUGCUACAAACAAGCGGCUGCUGGAAGAGAGUAGGUGAGUUGUGUUUAGUCUCUUUGCUAAAGAAAUCAGUCAAAGUUAAAAUGAUGUUUGGUGUCUAGUACUAUGUCUGUGACCCUAUAUGUCCUGUUGAUGAAGUUAGGUGCUGUUCUGAGCAUUAUUUGUGGCUAUAGAGUGGCGUUUUGGUUGAGCGUGUGUCUCUCUGUAUUGCUAUCUGUGGUCGUUACUAAAGUUUGUAUAACUAGAGAAGCAAGCAGUCGGCAACAUUCAUCUCUCGAGGGGGUGUCUAACUCUGUGUUAUGGUAUGUUUGACCAUAACUUAAUUUUACGCCGGAAUAUCCCUUUAAGGUUUCAGAGGACUCACACCUUUAAGGAGAUACAGAGCAGCUUUGCCAAGUUAAACUCAAUAUUAGAGACGCUGAGAGACAAUCAGAGCAGCUGAGGAUUACAGUAGGACACUAAUACUGUGACAUCAAAUGUACGAGACCCACUGGGAAGUUCCUCAUUUGCUCUGAAACCUUCUGAUGUUCCUCUGGUGGAGUGAAACCUUCUAGAACUCUGUUUGAGGUUGUGUUUUUAAUGAUUGUGCACAUUAGUGUACAGGUCAUUUGGACGACUGAUAAUACAGUUUUUUUGGGACUUCAUCUUUUUAUCAGCACACUGACUUUAGUUGGUUUUCUUAUUUUGACGCCUGGUUUUGUCUCCUCUUGUCUCAGGAUGGUUUAAAACUGCAGAAUCGCACCAUCAUGUUAGAACCAGACAACACCUCAUCUGA